AUGUUACCAGGACUGGUCGAUUCUGAUAGUGAAGAGGAUUUUUACAUUAAAUUCGCAUCAUUGGAGAAUGUUUGGAAUGAAUGCAAGAAGCCUUUCCUGAGUGCUAGCCAAGAACCUGUCUUCUUUACAUACAUAACUGACAAGGUAAUAUUAACAAAACAUGGAACUGAACAGUUCUAACAUUGUACAAUUUUUGAACCCAUGUAAUGACAAUAGUGAUAGCAGUUUUCAAAUCAGUUUAACUAUAUUUUUGAAUUUUUUGCUUUUAACUAGGCCUGUAUGAUAGUUGACAAUAUGUUAGCCAAUACAUGUACGAAUGCUGGUUUGGGAAAUCCACCGCUUCCAUUUUGCACAAACGUCCUUGAGUCAGGAAACAGCAUCAUCAAACGGGCAGUGAACUUCAAAGAAAGUGAAAUGGCCAACUUUACUUUGAAGAUGGCACAGCUAAUUAAACGCCAAACAGAAGACGUACAAGGAGCAUUAUUAAACAGUGGGCCGUUACAAGUUAGAUUCAGAUUACCUCAAUUUCCAACUAACAAUGGAAAAGUGGUUAUCUAUGUCAACCACACAAUGCAAUGCAUACGAAAAACAAUUUUAUGA